AUGUCGAUUGGCUCGAAUAUCGAACGUGCGCCUAAAAAUAUUGUUUUUUGUUCAAUGUUUGGAGGCCGAAGUCAUGUAAAACCUGUUCUUGAAAUUGGCACAUUGCUGAUGAAAAGGAGUUAUAAUUUUACAAUAGUGGCACCAAAUGCGCGAAAAACCGUAGAAAACGAAUACCCACAAAUUCCACUUUACGAUCUUGAUCCUGUGAUGAAAGAGCACAGUUCUGAAUCACGAAAACUUUAUCAAGAAGAAUGUAAUAUCAGCCAUUUGCGAAUUCUCGCGCGACAAAUAGAAGCACAUUACUCUCACGUUUUUAACAAUCUAAAGCGUGUAUCUUUAGAAAAAAAUGCAGAUUUAUUGAUUUGUGAUGUUGGCGAAGAACCUUGUGUUGAUGUUGCGUGGACGUUAAAGAUCCCGGUAGUAAUCUUCAAUAACGGAGCAUUGGGCUUAGUUUCAAAAGCACCUUACAAAUCCGACCCAAUGUUUGGAUGCCACGUUACAUUGGAAGGCAAAUCUUUUCUUGAGAGAUUUCGAUGUGUUAUCAUUCAACAUCCACAAGUCGCGUUUUAUUGGUAUCAAUCAUCUCUGAAAUAUUUUAAUCAAGAACGUAUUUCGGUUGGAGUUGAACCUGUCUCAUAUCCUACAGAAAGAACUCGAAACUCUCUUUUUUUGGCUAAUACUUUUUUUGGUUUUGAGAUUGCAGAAACAUUACCGCCACUUUAUCAGGAGAUUGGACCUAUAAUGUAUGAUUCGUAUCCUCAAUUAACAACAUCCCUCGAAUCUUUUAUCAAUUCACAUGAACGAAUAAUAUAUAUUGCAUUCGGAGAUCGUUUCUAUACAACACCUGAGAAUAAUGGAAAAAUACUGAAAUCUGUUAUGGAGCUCCUCGCCGCAAAAAAACUCGAUGGCGUAAUCUGGGCAUUAACUCAAACAUUAAGGACAGAUUUUCCAUCAACAAUCAAUCUUCAAAGUGGCAUUUCAAUAAACACCACAGCGAUUCUGACUAACUCGAAUUCACAUAUUAAAAUUCUCGAUUGGGUCCCACAGUUCGCCGUUUUGAAUCAUACAAACGUUAAAAUAUUUCUCACUCAUGGCGGUUCAGAAAGCAUCUUUGAAGCGUUAUACACCGCUACGCCGAUGUUGAUUUUACCAUUGUACCUGGAUCAAAAUGGAAAUGCCGAAAAAUUGACGAUGCAAGGUUGUGCAUUGACUGUUUCCAAACAAGCAUUAGACGAAAAAGAUUUAUUCGUAAAGGUUACGAGGCUACUGACCGACCAGUCAAUAGCACAAAAUUUAAAAAGGAUGCAAGUAUUCGCUAGAGUUAAUUGUUUGAGAAAGUAUCGUGCCGCUGAUUUGAUAGAGCUGGUUAUGCAUACCGCAAAACAUGUUGAAGGGGCUGGCAAUAUACCGAUUGUUAGUGAGUGGCAGACUGCUGAUGCAAGAAUUGGUGUUUGGUAUGCAGAAAAUUGGGAUGUCUGGAUUUUCGCGUCGAUUUUGUUUUUGCUGGCCGUGAUGAUUGCAGGAUGGUUUGGAAUUAAAAUAUUCAAGUUGUCUAAUAAAUUAAUCAUAAGAUGUUGGUUUUCGAUAAUUACAGAGAGGAGCACAAAGGAUAAAAUUCAGUGA